GGAGGGCACCGUGAGUCAUGCGGGCUCAUUGUAAACAGACAGUUGUACUUUGGAGCACUGGGCCAAGUGAUCCCAGCUGUCCCUAUAGCGGAUAUCAGCUCUCAGGAAUGGCUGCUCUCCACCUUCUCCUCCUCUGUGCUGUGCUCCUACAGGAGCUGCCACCAGCACACGCCGCAGAACCGUUCCAGUCCAAACGGGAAGCCAGCGGGGUGCUCCGGAGGCAGAAGCGCCACAACUCGGGCUUUUUUGAGGAGUUUAUGGAAGGCAACAUAGAGCGCGAGUGCCAUGAAGAAGUCUGUGACCUGGAGGAGGCCAGAGAGGUCUUUGAAGAUGACGAGAAGACGAUGAACUUUUGGCAGAGCUACUUAGAUGGAGACCAGUGUAAAUCAUCUCCGUGCCAGAAUGGCGGGGACUGUGAGGACCAGAUGGGAGCGUAUAUUUGUAAAUGUAAGAUGGGCUACGUGGGGAGUGACUGUGAGAUUGAGCUGGCCAGGCAGUGUGACGUGGACAACGGCGGCUGCAUGCACUUCUGUCAGGAGGUGGGCAGCCAUGGAGCCGAGUGCUACUGCGCUACUGGCUACACGCUGGCCGAGGACGGAGUGACCUGUCAGUCAGAGGGAGAUUGGUCGUGUGGCUAUGACCGCAGGAUUGUCCGGCUGGGUGGUGCGGUGCGGACACUGCUGACCAACUCCACCAACACAACCAUGAGUCCCCUCAACAUUACCGCGGGCACCACGGACAUCAUGGGCGUCACGGACACCAUCACCGUCACGGCCACCAACGCCCUCCCCAACUCUGGCUCCCGAGGGGGCAGGCUGAUGCCCUCACGCAGCAGAUUACCCAUGUGGGUGCACCAGAUGCAGCAGUCCGCAACAGCACCACCGGAGACCCAUCCACCCACCACCACCACCACCACCUCAGCUCCACUAGACACCCAGCCACCCACCACCACCACAGCAGCUCCACUAGACACCCAGCCACCCAUGAUCAACCCCGCCGACGGCGAGAACCAACAUAAGCGCAUUGUUGGUGGGCAAGAGGUCACACCUGGGGAGAUCCCAUGGCAGGUGGCGCUGGUGCUCCGCUCCACUGGGGAGGUGUUCUGCGGGGGCUCCAUCGUGGGGGAGGAGUGGGUGGUCACUGCUGCACACUGUUUGGUGGACGCACCAGAGCGGUCAUUCUUUGUCAGAGUGGGUGAGCACGACGUCAACAGGGCCGAGGGGCACGAGCAGGAUCUGGAGGUGUCCAAGCGCUACGUGCACCCUCUCUACGUACCGGCCCGGAGCACGUACAACCACGACGUGGCGCUGCUGCGGCUGGCCGCCCCCAUGGCGUUCUCCCCGUACGCGCGGCCCAUCUGCCUGGGGCCCAAGGCCUUCACGGAGACCCUGCUCCGCGCCGGGGGGGAGGCCACGGUCAGCGGCUGGGGCCGCAUGCGCUUCCAGGGCCGCACCGCCAGCCGGCUGCAGAAGGUGGAGCUGCCCUACGUGGAGCGGCUGGAGUGCAAGGAGAGCACCAGCGAGCGCAUCACCUACUUCAUGUUCUGCUCCGGCUACGCCGACGUGGGCAAGGACGCGUGCCAGGGCGACAGCGGGGGCCCCCACACCAUGCGCUACAAGGACACCUGGUUCCUGACGGGCAUCGUGAGCUGGGGCGAGGAGUGUGCCAAGGAGGGCAAGUACGGCGUGUACACCCGCAUCUCACACUACUACAGCUGGAUGCGCUACGUCAUGGGCCUGAGCAGAGAGAUGCUGGUGGACUCUGUGGACCCAUAACCAUACCCCCCCCCCCCCCCCCCCCUUCCACAGGACUACGCCACUCCCUGCACUGUACGUGAAGGACUACUACAUAUUCUAGUAGCUUUAUAAACGGCGAUUCAUCUCAAUCCUGGAGUAAAUAUGGCUUUAUAUAUAUAUAUAUA